AACCCUCUGAAGGCCUUGCAUUGCUCUCGGGUGCCUCAAGUCCACCAUCUGCUUUCUAAAUCUAAACAUAAACUCUAAUCACAGUCUUUCUUUUAAAUGAGCAGGGGUGCCUUGGUGUCAGUUUCCACAUUUCUUCUAAGCACCCAGAGCCUCCUCCUCCCAUACCGUUGCUUUCCACAUGCGAUGGAUGCACAGACAGUCCCACCGUCUCCAUUUCCACAAAGCCUCUUGACAGCCUCACUUUCUUAUCCACAGCGUGGCUGCCUACAUUCAGUGUCAUCUUUUUCUAGAUGUUACCACGCUGGCUUCUGGACUCACUUGCCAUCUCUUGUCUCUCACAUUCCUAGUGAAUUUCAUGCUUGCUUUUGGAGAAUAAGCCGUGGAAGACUUCCUCACUGGUCAAAGCUUCUGAAACGCUCCAGUAGUCCAAACCUCUGCUCUCAGAGCAAGGUCCUCUGCUGAUGCUCUACAUUUCAAGCUUAUCAAAGAUUAAAUUGAUAUUUAUGGGCUAACCUGGAAAUUUACAAUUUGUUUCACUACAUCUGCAAGAAAGUAUGUGCAAAUUCCAGUUGGCUGAUUUGUAAAGGGUCUUUUAGAACACAAUUCAAUUUAUCAAGUACUCCUCAAGCCCCGACAACAAUUGUAAAGAUGGAAUUGUGAAUAUGGCAACCUUCCUACGGGGCUUUGAAGAAAAGGGGUUAAAGAACGACAGGCCUGGGGAGCAGUUCACUAAAGAGAAGAAGAAGAGUCUCUUCUCCUUUUGUGACGUGUGCAACAUCCAGCUAAACUCCGCUGCUCAGGCCCAGGUCCAUUAUGACGGCAAAUCCCAUCGAAAGCGAGUCAAGCAGCUGAGUGAUGGGCAGCCCCCACCCCCGGCCCAGGGCUCAGUGCCAUUGCUGGCCAGCCCUUACCCUUGCCCUUGCCCUUGCCCUGGGCCUGGGCCUGGGCCUGGCCCGAACACCAGCACAGGCAGCGCAUGCCACACCACCACCCUUCCUGCUCUCGUGCGCACACCCACCCUGAUGAUGCAGCCUUCACUGGACAUCAAACCAUUCAUGUCUUUUCCAGUGGACAGUAGUUCUGCUGUGGGGCUUUUUCCAAACUUUAACACAAAAAGAAGAGGCUUAUUUGGGACCAAUAAAUUCUGCCAGAUGGACCCCGUGCAGAAAGCAGUCAUUAACCACACGUUUGGAGUCUCCAUUCCCCCAAAGAAGAAACAAGUUAUUUCUUGUAAUGUCUGUCAGCUUCGCUUUAACUCGGAUAGCCAGGCCGAGGCCCACUACAAAGGAAGUAAACAUGCCAAGAAGGUCAAAGCUCUAGAGGCAACGAAAAAUAAACCCAAAAUGGUUCCUUCCAAGGACAGCGCAAAGGCUAAUCCCAGCUGCUCCGUCAGGCCAGGCACAGGCGACAGCUCUGACAAAUCAGGAAGCUUUAGUAACACCUCUGUGUCGCCCUUAGAAGACAAAGGGAAGAUAAAAGCCACCAGUUCCAGUCAGCCCUCAGGCUCCGAAGGAGGCUCCUUUCUCCUCAAAUCUGGCACAACACCCCUGCCACUUGGAGCCAUGGCUUCUCCCUCCAAGAGCACAAAUGGAGCUCCAGGGUCUGUUGCUGAGUCAGAAGAAGAAAAAGCCAAAAAAUUACUCUACUGCUCACUAUGCAAGGUGGCUGUGAACUCCCUGUCACAGCUGGAGGCACACAACACAGGAUCUAAACACAAGACCAUGGUUGAGGCUCGUAAUGGAGCUGGUCCAAUUAAGUCCUAUCCAAGACCUGGGUCAAGAUUAAAGGUGCAGAAUGGCAGUAAGGGCUCAGGACUACAGAACAAAACGUUUCAUUGUGAAAUCUGUGAUGUUCAUGUGAACUCAGAGAUUCAACUCAAACAGCACAUUUCAAGCCGAAGGCAUAAAGACCGCGUGGCAGGAAAACCGCUAAAGCCGAAAUACAGCCCCUACAACAAGCUCCAGCGGAGCCCAAGCAUCUUAGCCGCAAAGCUUGCAUUCCAGAAAGAUCUGAUGAAGCCUCUGGCCCCGACGUUCCUGUCUUCGCCCCUGGCGGCCGCAGCAGUGUCCUCUGCGCUGUCCCUGCCACCUCGGCCAUCCGCCUCUCUGUUCCAGGCUGCAGCCAUCCCUCCUGCGCUGCUGAGGCCUGGCCAUGGGCCCAUCCGGGCCACGCCCGCCUCCAUCCUCUUUGCCCCUUACUAAAUACCCGGAGCCCGCGACAGACCAGGCCAGUGGGAAGGUGUAGAAGAAAAAAAAAAGCCCAAAGGAUUCAGCAGUGUAAGCCCUGUGUGUGACUGUAAGUACCCCACCCACCCACUUACAGAGUGCAGGCCACCGCCCAGCCCCACCUCCGAGAACAAUGGAGGCCAGGCUCAAGGGCGCAGUCUCUUCCCCAUGCCCUCUCCAUCCUACCCCAGCCAAUUGGUGUAUCUGAGAUACUUAAGUUUCUUGAAAAUAUAUUGAUCAGAAAAAGAAAACCGACCUGUGUAUUCCCAUGGUGUGAUGAUCUGGCUUAGAAACUAAACGGAAUCUCUUCCAGACAGUCUUGAACAGUAGGCUCUUCCUCGGAUGUCUGUAAAUAACUCCAGAAUCCAAGCGGGCAUAUUCUAGUGUGGAACAAAAGUCCAUCGCAAGUGCUUAAUUGUGGAUACCAUCCUCCCCACGGCUCAUGGCGGUUUUUUUUUUCUUUUCUGGUGUACUAGUGUCCCCAGGGAUUGUGUACUGUUCUAGACCCAAGUACUGUUGUACCCCACGUAGUACUAGAUCGUAACUCUCGUUGAAUUAAACUUUUUUUCAUUGCUGUGUAAUAAUUGUUAGGAAGCAGAGUAGCUUUGAAAUUUUUUCUCUUUAAGAGAACAAAAGAUAAUGUAUUUUCUUUAUUUCAUAUUUUAUUUGGAGAUAUUUAAACGAAAUAGAAAGCCAUAUAACAUAGCUAUAAUUACUACCUGUUUGCUAUUUCUGUUUUUAACUUAUUUUUGUAGCAUCCUCACUGGUUUGAGUUGCUAAGCAAAUGUAUAAAAAAAAAAACAAAAAACAAAAAACAAAAAAAAAAGCAAAAAGAGCUUCCUAAAUUGCACAUUUUUGCACCUUCUGUGCAUCUGCAAGAAGACAGUGAAUCUGUGUAUUUCUACAUAAUGAUCUUCAUUUUAAACUUCUGUUUUCCAUUGGUAACGAUGCUACAUAACUCUGUGGCUCCCUAAUGCAAUAAUGUACAGAAGAUAUAUAAUUUAUAAAUUGAACAAUCUGUCUUUCUGUUCAAUGACUGUGUCGCAGGUCAUGUGACCAUGUU